GCGCCGGAAAUAGCCGGAGCAGCGGGGCGGGGCGGGCAGCCGGGCACAGAGCUGCUGACCGGGCGCCGGGACCAGUCGCCGCCGGCUGCCCGUGUCGCCCGCAGGUCACUCCCCGGACCGCCCGCCUCACCCCACACCUCGGAACGCCAUGUCAGAGGACGAGCAGUAUGCGGAGGAGACGGGUCUGGAGAAGGAGCAGAUCGUCGUCCUGCGGAGGGCGUUCGACAGCUUCGACCGCGACAAGAAGGGCUACAUCUCGCCGGAGACGGUCAGCGACAUCCUCCGCAUGAUGGGCAUCAAGGUCUCCUCCACCUCCUUCAAACAGAUCAUCGAGGAGAUCGACGAGGACGGCUCGGGUCAGAUCGAGUUCCCCGAGUUCCUGCAGCUGUCGGCCAAGUUCCUCAUUGAGGAGGACGAGGAGGCCAUGCUCAAGGAGCUCAAGGAGGCGUUCCGCCUGUACGACAAGGAAGGAAACGGCUACAUCACCACUCAGACUCUGAAGGAGAUCCUGCACGAGCUCGACCCGCGACUUACCGAGGAGGAGCUGCUCGGCAUCAUCGACGAGAUCGACGAGGACGGCUCCGGCACCGUCGACUUCGACGAGUUCAUGGCCAUGAUGACUGGUUAGACGGCGCCGGCGGCGCCCAGCUACCAGUGACCACGCGACUCCAGCGGCCGCUCAUCUCACCCCGCAGGAUCAUCCAGCACUCUCUCCAUUCACUCCCCACUCUACCUCUGCUGGAUCUCCACCGUGCCACCGACUCGCGCUGAACACGUGAACCCGUCAGCAGCGCGAGUUGAGACACUGGGAACCAUGCCGACUCCCCCGGCUGCCUGUUAAUGCGCGCCGACUCUGUCUGUCGUCUUUCCGUCUUUUCACUACGGCCGAGCGUCUUUCAGCUCCAUAGUUGCAGCAGUUUGUGUAGUUUUCGGUCGCGGCAUUCGGCCGGCGAAGUCACCCCACGCGUCUCUCCUGUCGCUUAUUGUGAUCUCACCGCCCCUGGGCAUCAAUGGAUGCCGAUUCCUGUGCCGUCUGCUCCGGUGGAAGCCGAUUCCUGUGCCGUCUGCUCCGCCUCCGGUGGAUGCCGAUUCCUGUGCAGUCAGUUCCGGGACAGGUCCGGGUAUAUUAAUAUGAUUUUCGCGAGUCAGGCAUCCAUAGCAUGUGUAAAGCUGGCGAUCAGAAGAUCAAUUAUUGCUUUUCACCUCAACAUCUAAGGUUUCAAUACAAAUACACGAUGCCGAAGCUGA